CUUAAAUUUUUAUCAACAUUCACGUCAUAACUAGUGCAAGCUUUACGUUUUCGAGCCCAAUAAGUUUUAUUUUAAGGACAAACUUCAUUAAAACUUUUCAAAUGUAUCAAAUGAGAUAAAGGCUAAUAUUUGUGAAUCAGUUGGAAAUGCGUAUGCGGUUAAAAUCGUUGGAAAAAGCACUUCUACUCGAGGAGCUGGAGUGUUCACUGGAAGAUUUUCAAACAAACUUCAUUAAAACUUUUCAAAUGUAUCAAAUGAGAUAAAGGCUAAUAUUUGUGAAUCAGUUGGAAAUGCGUAUGCGGUUAAAAUCGUUGGAAAAAGCACUUCUACUCGAGGAGCUGGAGUGUUCACUGGAAGGAGAGAACUAUAUCGCAUCGCUGGACAUUGGCACCACGACGAUAAGAUGCUUUAUCUACGCGGUCAAUCGCGAUAUCGCCAAGCUCGAAGUCGUCGGGACGGCGUAUGACCAGGUCGAGCUAGUGUACCCUGCUCCAGGACAAGUCGAAAUCAUUCCGGCCAAACUUUGGGACAGCGUGCUCAACACCAUCCGGAACGCUAUCGCUGACGCCAAACUAACCGCCAGUCAGAUCGCUUGCCUCGGAAUUUCCACCCAAAGGAACACCUUCACCUGUUGGAACCGCCUCACGGGGAAAGUUUAUCACAACUUCAUAACCUGGAAAGACCUGAGGGCGGAUCAGCUGGUGCGGCAAUGGAACGGCAGCUUCCGGUUGCGGAUGCUCAAAUUGGGCGCUAGCGUUCUGCACUUUAUCACCCGGAACAAGAGGUUUCAGGCCGGCUCGGUGAUCAAGCUCAUGAACCCCCAGGUUUCGAUGCGGUUGGCCUGGGUGCUUCAGAACAACUCCGAACUGCAGCGAGAUGUAAACGAUGGCGUUGUUUUGUACGGGGCGAUCGACUCCUGGCUGCUUUAUCGAUUAAGGCAGGGUCUUGAUCCGACUAGAGUUGUGGAACAUAUCAGUGACGUCACGAACUGCACCUCGACAGGUCUGUACGACCCAUUUGGGCAAGAGUGGGCCGGCUGGGCUUUGAAUCUAUUUUCAAUUAAGAAGGAACUGUUGCCGAAGGUUGUUGACAAUGCCUACGAUUUUGGAUACGUUGACGAAUCACUUUUUGGUAGUGCGAUUAAAAUAGGAUGUUCGAUUGCAGAUCAAUCAGCCUCGCUGUGGGGCAACUGCUGCUUCGAGAAGGGCGAAGUUAAGAUCACCAUGGGAACGGGAUCGUUCCUGAACGUGAACACCGGGGCGACCUGUUUGGCGUCGGUUCAUGGAUUGUACCCCUUGGUGGGGUACAAAAUGAUUGGUGGAGUCAGUAGCAGAAGCACUGCCGAAGAAGAGUUGGUUUAUCUGAUGGAGGGUGCCUCCAGUGAUAAUGGUUCGAUCAUUGAGUGGGCGAUCAGUAUAGGGCUGUUCAGCAAUCCUCAGGACAGUUCGGCGAUGGCCCUUUCGGUGUCGGACUCCGAUGGAGUUUCGUUCAUUCCGGCCUUCAGUGGACUGGGGCCUCCGAUCCGGGAUGACAGUGCGGGCACCGGUUUCAUCGGCAUCAAGGCGUCGACCAAGCGGGAGCACAUGGUUCGGGCCCUACUGGAGAGUCUGGCCUAUCGGGUGGCCCUGCUGUACAGCUGCGCCCUCACCGAAACACAGUACACCUUCACCCGGAUCAAGGUCGACGGGGGUGUGUCGCGGAACGACUUCAUCUGCCAGACGUUGGCCGAUCUGACCGGGUUGGCAGUGGAACGAGGCGAGAUUACCGAUAGCACUGCCCUCGGGGCCAUGUUCCUGGCCGGCCUCAACAUCGGCGUGUGGCGCAGCAAACGAGAACUGAUCGACGCCCGGAAAAUCGAACGGGUCUUCCAACCGAACCCGGCGAACCGCAUAAAAUGCAUCGAAAGUAUGCGAUCGUGGGAACGCGCCGUCGAACGAUUCAAGCGAUGGUACAUUGCCGAAGAACUCAACAGUCUGAACUGAAGAACAUGUGAUACGUUUGUUAAUAUUACUAAGUCCAGCAAGUGCUUUUUUGUUAUUUUUUGCCAUAUACUGUUUACAAACGAUAA